UUCAGUUGCCAACAGAGGAAGAACGGCUCAACAUGACAAGUCUACUGUUUAUGACGUUGUUUGAAGUCAUUAGAUUAUGUCUAUGUUACAAACCCGUCAUUUACAUGCACGGAAUUCUUGCUUCACCUGAUGAAGUCAAACCACUCGCCGCUUUUAUUGAAAAGGCUCACCCAGGGACCAAUGUGACAACUAUUGAUGCAUUCAGCGGAUACCAGAGCUUGCAGCCAUUAUGGACCCAAAUAUAUAAAAUCCAAGGCAUAGUCGUGGACAUCAUGAAGGAUCAUCCAGACGGAGUUCAUCUCAUAUGCUUUUCACAGGGUGGACUUCUUUGUCGGGGUCUGCUGUCUGUAACUAGACACAAUGUUGAUACAUUUAUAUCCCUGAGUUCACCACAGGCGGGUCAAUAUGGAGACACCGCCUAUCUGAGAUAUUUAUUUCCACACUUUAUUAAAGAAGAAAUUUACAGGUAUUUCUACACAAGUUCUGGACAACAGUGGUCUGUUGGUAACUAUUGGCAUGAUCCACACCACGAGGAACUGUACAGAAAUCAGUCUGUCUAUCUGGCUCUUUUGGACAAUGAUACAAACUCGGCACACAAUAAAGAUUACAAAGAAAAUUUUCUGCGUCUGAAGAAUCUUGUGUUAAUCGGUGGACCUCACGAUCAAGUGAUUACUCCAUGGCAGUCAAGUCAAUUUGGAUUCUUCAAUGGAACAGAAGAUAUCCUGGAGAUGAGGAAACAGAGGUUUUACUUACAGGACUCUUUCGGGUUGAAGACGUUGGACAGAAGAAAAGCAAUCCAUACUUACACUAUACCAGGUAUCGAACACGUAAUGUGGUAUAGGGAUCAGAAGGUGUUCGACUGUUGUAUCAAAUCCUGGCUCACGUAAAGCACACUCCAUAGACAACACGUCCAUGAUGGACUUUGUCAUUUUUUUUUGGUCUGACAUGAUGUUGAGUCAACAUUGAUGAUACGUGUAUGUAAUGGUGUUUUUCUUUCCCAUGCAUCAGGUCAUGAUAUUCUGGUCAGUUUAUAGUGUUUUGUAUGGUGGCAUAUUUCUGUCAUCGAUUUGCCAACUUACGACGUAAAGAUAUAGACAUAUUUCCGAGAAGAUGUCAACAUCAUAACGGACACAAACCGAAUAUAUGUUGAUUUGAUAGUUUACUUACUGACAUAAUAUUGCCGUGAUAAUUAUCUAGGAAGUCCAUGGCAGACAUAUAUGCCACUGUGUGAUAUAAAACCGAGUUUCCGACUUUCUAGAUAAUUAUCACAGUGUUAUUAUCUGACAGCAAUUAAGCUAAUAAGUUGAUAUAUUUUUUGAAUUAUGUCGACAUUUGUUAUGAUGUUGACAUCUUCUCAGAAAUAUGUCGACAUCUUUACGUGGUAAGUCGGCAAAUCAAUGGCAGAAAUAUGUCAACAUCUUUAAUGAAAUAAUAAUCAAAAGAAUUUUUGGGGAUAUAGAUCGUGUACUGAAAAAAAAGAAUCAAGUUAGCCUUCAAUUUUUUUUUACACAAUUCUUUAUUGUAUUAAGCAAUUGCAAUUAAAAGAUGGUUAAUUGUAUUGUAAUGUGAAAAAAUGUGUUUAUAGAGUUUAAUGAGAAUUCUUUAGAUUUUUUCAAAACCACUAACAAGGCUAUAAUUGUAAUUAUGUAUCGAUACAUUUGAAAUUCUGUUUAUUUGAACAUUCAUUCAUUCUUUUUUAUUGGCAUUGUUUAUAAUUAAUGGGUUUUUCAAGAUAUAUGGAAUAUGUUUGUAAGUAUUGAUGUAGUGUUCCAAUACUUAAUUGUAGCUAAGUUGAUCAUCAUUCUGUACAUUUUACACAUUCCACAAUUGUCACCCAUUCCUAAUUUCUUUAAUAUGAACAUCACAUUAUUGUACACAUUCGUGCUUAUUCAUAUUUAUGCAGUAUUUGUUGAAAUGAGCUGUGAAAGAUAAUUUGAAAUGUACAUGCAAUGAUAUUAAUUUAAUUUUUAAAGAACGAUAUCUACGAUAUGUACUAAUACAUAAUUUUAGAUAAUGUUAUUAUACAAGUGUAUACCUUUAUUAGUUGAACAUCUGAAGGUAUCGCUACCAGGGUCAUAUUCAGGUGAACUCCAUUCUGAUGAAUAGUCAUUAAAUAUUGACUAAUAAGAGACGUACACUAUUUCAAAAAGUCAUUCAGUGUUGUGACAAAGAUGGAAGGGUGUUGGAAUUAAAAUAAAUUCUCCACUGUUGCUGUCGCUGUCAACCUUUUGGAUAACAAAUUAAGUAAAAUCUGCACAAGCAGCAAAGUUUGUAAAACUAUAGACUCUGGGGCAUUUUUAGGGAUGGAAGAAUAUAGUGCAGCCAUAUUGUCGCCCUCAUAUACAAUGUACCACAGGGUCUUUCCGUGCACAUUUAUAGUUCUACAAAAGAAAAUCACACUGACAUUAAUUUAAAAGGUGAUAAGUUUAUUGGCUCAACUCAAGAGGUCAUCUGACCAAGUUUAUUGGCUCAACUCAAGAGGUCAUCUGACCAUGAUCCUUAUUGUAGUACCUUUAGAAGUUCUAUCUUUCGUACUUGUGGGGUAGAGUUACUGCCCCUUGGUUUUCCAUACUGGAGACAGGUGUAUCCAAAUUUUUAUUGAUGCGAAAUGUUCUCACCUCCAUACGUCUCAAACUGCCGGAUGAACUUUUUUAAUACUAUGAUAUUUGUCAAUUAUAUGAAAAUAUCUCAAAUUGCCUGAAGAACAUUACUAUGGUAUUUGUCAAUUAUAUAAAGAUAUCUUCACAUUGUGUAGUGGAAAAUGAUGCAUCUUAGGGUUUUCUACUUGUGGGUUAUAUUAUGCGGGAAAAUUUAAUGUUACAUGUCCUCAUGUUCUCCUUGAAUUGAAUAUUUCAUCUCUGUGUAAAAGCUAGUAAUUUACAUUGUUUGAUAUCAUUUACAUUUCAUAUGAAGAGUAUUUUUUUUGUUUAUUUAUUCAAAGUGUGCAAUGUUUACUUUUCUUAAUGAUCUGAUAUUAAUGCUCAAAGCUCACUUGGCUUAAAGGGCAAAUUAACUUAUGCCAAGAUGUGGUGUCUAUCUUUUUGUCUUUUCACAUAGCUUCAAGGACUGUCUUUAAAGGACAUCUUAGAUGAUGAAAAUUUACUUCAAGGACUGUCUUUAAAAGACGUCUUAGAUAAUGAAAAUUUACUGGUCUGAAGUGUAGUGAUAUCUGGCCUAGUAUCAUUUAGCUGUAUAGUUAGUUACUGGUUUACCACUUACAUGACUCUACCUUUACUAAAUCUAUGCUGGGAUUGAGGGCAUGCAAGUUAUAAUUAGUUCAAAUGGAUAAUGGGUACAUUCAUUAAAAACUUUCAUUUGUUUUUGUAACCUAAUUGCCAAGGGUCAUGAUAUUUGGUAUGUAGCAUUCCAAGAUGAAAGCAUGUGAAUGACCUUGACCAAGAUUCAAGGUCAGGGGUCAAACAUUCCGAAAUAUGAUUUUUUUAGCUAUUUUUCAUAGUUAAAAUUAUCAAUUGUUUUCUUUAAGUUCAAGAAUAUUUUAGUCAUCAAUUAACUUGAAAAGUUCAGCUAAAUUUUCAAUACAGAAUCAUACCUGAAUUAUUCAAAGGGUAAUAAUACUUAACCCCUUUGCACAUGAAGAUCGUUCAAAGGGCUAAUUAUUGGAAUGCAAAUGAAAUGGCUAACUCUAUAGUCCAAUAAAUAAAAUGAAUUUAAAUCAUCCAACGAAGAUCCAUAAGAUGUAAAGUGAAAGCUACUUAUGAUACAGGCCAAUUUGGUCUCAUUUCAGACUGCAAACCGGUGUUUUAUACAAAUUGUUUAUUAUAUAUUUGAUGUCACUUUACUUUAUAGUAACACAUUUUCAAGUGAUCUAUUGUGAUUGUCUUCCUUUCUGUUGUCUUGCGUCCACACCGUAACUGAUUGGCAUUUUCAACAUCUUCUCAAAAUACCCCAGGCCAAAUGUCAAAACAUUUUGCAAGAACCUUCCAGUUGGCUAAAAUUUCAACAUUUCUCUUCAGACCAAAGUUUGCUAGAAUCAUCCUAAUACAUGUACAUGUAUAUGAACGAUGUUUUAUCAAAGUUGUGAAUUUCAUAAUCCCCAGAUGUUGUGUUCCCCAAUUGGGAUGGGGUGAAAUUUACUAUAGUUGAUAGAAUUGUCCUUUUUGGUGUGAUAAUAUUGUUUAUUUCAGUUGCAAGUAGUUCAAACUUUGAUGGAAUUAUAUGCAUGAGGUGACAUUUUGAUGGUUUUGAACAUUUUGAUCUUGAACCUUCAUCUCGGACUGAGGGGUGGGGGCACCAACAAAUCAAGUGUCUGAAAAUUUAACAAUGUGCAUUUUCAAACCCAGAUAUGCUAGAAUUAGAAGCUCUUCAACCUGAAAUAUGGUACAUGUAUAAUAUUAGUUACAUUGAAAUAAAGAUGCGACAAAAGCAGAAUGGAUUCCUGAUGUCGUCGAUAGGUUCUAUACUGCGUACCUGGUCCGGCAUCUUUUCUCAAUAUCUGCAAACAUUAAAGAGUUCUAAUUGGCUAAUGCAGGAGCUGACCUUUAUUAGCUUAGAGCCUAUAUAUUAUUAUUGUUUUUUACUUUUUGUGCUUCCAAGAUAAUGCAUAUUAGGUAAGUGUAUUUCGCUUAUCCAUGCAUUUAGCCAAAAUAUGCUUAAGUAUUAUUGAAAUGCUGAAUGUAUAUAUGUUCAAGACAGAUUAGAUGUGAUAUACAUAAAUAGGAAGUUGGACACUGUGCUGUCUCACCAGGGUAACGGUGAAGAAAGGGGGGUGGGGGCUUAAGUUAUUGUCAUCCUUACAUUGGUAUUUGGCAAUGUGUUUGGGUAAGUUUCGGACUGUUGCAAGUGUUAAAUUGUGUCAGUACCAUUAUGUCAGCAUUAUGUUUCAUUUGUGCCAAUAUCUGUUUGUUUGGGUUUAUCCCCCAGUGGACAUGCUGCCAGGAUCAUUUGGAGGCGGGGUCUACAUGUAGUAGUUGGUGACUACCUCACUGAACAACAUAUUAGGGUAAAGUGUCUUGCCCACAGACACAACCACACAGCCAGACCAGUCUGUUUCUCAGCUUUACGAGAAACUCAAAAUUUUUGGGAGCUUAGAACCACAUACCUCAGAUCUUCACCUGAGGUAAUGUGGUUGACGAUGUGAGCUAUCCAAGCCCGUUUAGUGGCUUUGGUGGUGUUGAAACAAAUCAAAAUGUCAGUUUUGCCGAUUUUUUUACAAAUUUUCUGAAUAUGUCUCCGACUAUACCAGGUUAAUAUGCAAAGUUUCUGGGUUAAAGUGUUGAGUAUUAAGCAACUUGUUUUUACAUAAGGCUGCUAUUAUAUGUACUUUUCUCAUUUGGAACAUCAAAAAUUAUUGAUAAUCAGAACCUUUCCAACUAAUGAUGUGCAUGUACAUCACAUGUAAUUCCAUACGACUGGCGACACAUGUCGCGCCCAUAAUACAAUUGUUGUUAGCUUGGUUGUUUUGUUUUUGUUAUAUUUUCUAUUGGAGUACCGUGUUUACGUGUGUCAGUAUCAGUUGUACAUUUGCUGUAUGCUUUGUGAUUUAUACAUUCAAAAAUUGUCUUAUUGGUCGAGAUGAUUGAACGCAAAAGGGCUUGACAGGUUCAUGUGACCAAGAGUGAAAUAUCUAACCCCCAGGUCACAUGACAAUCACAAUGAAAUAUUAAAACCCCUGGAGCUGACUUCCAGAUCUCUUAUUUAUUGAAAGAGAUUUUAUACUUGGUAAGUGGUCUUGAGGUCUCACCCUGGGGCUGGGGUUAAAUAUUUCAAUCCGGGUCAUAGGAAUGUGUCCAAUCCCUGUGAUUGCAUGGUGUCCAUUCAUGAAGUACAGUAUGAUACAGAAUAUAUAUGAAUCUACCAGAUGAUAUUCUUGUACUCCCAGUAACAUUUUCUCUGUCCAUGUUAUUGAAAGCCAAGCUUUUUGUAUGAAGAUUUCUGUGGAAAUUUAAAUAAAAACAGUAAAAAAAUAAAAACUGAAAUAUUGCUGUUAUUUAUAUAAUUUAUUGACAAUAUUGCAUAGAAAGCAAAGCUUAGUUUUCAGUUAAGCGAUAAAACUGUAAAUCAUCUUACAUCUUACACAAUAAGAGGCCUCCUAAUUGCAAAUAGUUGCAGCAAUGUUGCAGCUACAAAUUGUAAAUGAAUGCGGCAAAGUUGCUGCAAAUAAUUU